AUGGCCAACCCAAACCCGGCCCCACGCACCCGCGCAGACUUCUUCUUCACCGGCUGCGGAUGGAACCAAAUCGACAGUACAACCACUUGCCCCAUCUGCUACGACACCACCAAAUGCCCCGUCCAACUCGCAUGCCACGAAAGCCACAUCUUCUGCCUUGCGUGCAUGUUGACAUGGUUCCAACAACCAGGCAUCAACACCUGUCCAAUCUGCCGCGCAGCGCUCUUCGCUUUGGAAGACGAAGACGAAGACGAAGAAUCCUUGCUGGACUUCCCGCAACUCAUGGACCGCGUCCGCCAUCUCACCGAGCAGCGAGACUUCGACGGAGCGCUUGACUUCCUGGUCGACCAGGUCGAGAGGGAGAGGGUUGAAUUGAUGGAGCCAAUGCGUGCGUCACCGCGGAUCGAUGAUGACCGUCUCGGACUCGAUUGGCACCAUGUGCUUGAGACGGAGGAGCAGGUUGCGGUUGAGACUGCUUGGAUGGAUGCUGAGGAGGUGGUGGCGGGGAGGUAUCGGAGGUAUAGUGAUAGUGAGCUUCUGAGGGUUACUGAGGAGGUUGUGGAUGUGGCUGGAGAGGUGGUGCUUCGGUUCUCUUGGGGUGGUGGUGCGAGGGAAAUUUAA